GGCUGCACCACCAUGGACGACACCGAUUUUUCAGAAGAUACAACGUGUAAGCAACAGGAGGAGUUGCCUUAUGACGGGGACGAUUAUGAUUCUACCUCAAAAUAUGACACCCUUGAUGGCGUGAAUCCAAUCAUUUUCACGGCAGAUGGCCCUCAAGAGAAGGCUGCACAUGACGAGACCUGCAGAAACACAGCGAAGGCCAUGCCUCUGCAUAAAAUUACUGAAAAUCCCAUCAACAAAAAACAUGAUAAAGAGGAGCAAUGCACCGUAACUGCCCACAUUCCAGCUGACAAAGGAGACACCUCGAAGUCAAACAUUUCCGACAUUUUACUCCAUCGUCUUUCCAAAGAGCAGUUCUUACGAGGUCAGAGCAUCGACUGUGAAACUCCCCCAGAGAUCUCAAAUGCUGACAGUUUUGAAGAAGCAGCUAUGAUUAAAAAUAUUAUUUCAUGUUAUGUUGAGAAUUCUUGGCCAAAAGAACAAACCUCAGAACUCACUGACCAACUUAACCCCAAAGGGGACGGUGAAAACAGCAACGAGCCCAGUUGUUCUCUAAACAUGACAGAAGACUCCUCUGAUUUAGAAGAGCCAGUGGCCUCUGGAGAUAGCAGCCGUCAAGAAAAUUCAAAUUUUCUAACUAAAAUCAAGGGUCCAAGUGAUAAACAAAAAAGUUGUCCAGGGAAGUCACCCCAGAAACAGCAGACUGAAAAAGCAAGUUCAGGCAGCGGAUUCAAAUGCUGCCAAGGUCAUGUUCAUUACCGGCUCCCUGAUUUCUCUAAGGCUGCUCCGAAAGUGAAAAUUCCUCAAGACAAGGUAGUUAAUGAACCAUUUACAAUAGCUAAACAAGCCAACUUUUCUCCUAAAUUGAGAAGUAAAUCAGUUAUGGCGCAAGAUCCUUUAGAAGCCAUGCCUAUGUCAAAUUGUGUUGAAAAACAACAUCAAGAGCAGACAGGGAAAAUUACUGAACCUUCACAACAAUUACAGAUGGAGCCUACAGUACAUGUCCACCAAGAACUGCUCACAGGAAUAGAAUCUGAGACAAGUCUCCUUAAGGUGUCAACCUCUCCGAAAGACCCUUCCUCAAGUUCUUCUAAUAUAUUUCAAAAGAUAUCCCAAGGGAAACAGAUGUGUCAGAAGUUAAAAGAACAGACUGACCAACUGAAGACUAAAGUACAAGAAUUUUCCAAAAGAAUAAAACAGGAUUCUCCCUGUCAUUUGCAAGAUAAGAGAAUGGUCCUGGGGCACCUGCAGGGACAUCUUGAACUGCUGGAGCAGAAGUUUCUGGCCACCCAGGACACACAUCUGGCUCUGCAGCAGCACCCCCAUGAGCACGAAUCUGCGACCGUUGGUGACUUUGAUCCAGAAAGAGAGGCUUGGCGAGUUCAGGCGGGUGCUGGGCCGCGCGCAGCCAGGGGGAUGAGUCACAUCCUCCGUCACACCCACGGCGGCGAGGGCUUUGUGGUGCAGGAGGGCCUGGGCGGCACCUUGGGAACGCAGGAACACGCAGAGACGACGGCCCCCGGUCCGAGCUGUGCCUUCUGCUGCUGGCUCCUGCAAUGGAAGCAAAAAAUGGAGAAAAAAGGCCACAGAAGGACCAACCUUGGAGGGUUUUCAAUUGUCAUUCAAGAAAAGGCACCGGGCUCAGUUCCAGCUCUCAAUAGUUUAAGCAGAGAAACUGCCCUGGGUGAGGAAGAGGUGUGGCUGGGGGCCUGCCUGCUCAGGCAGCUCCUGGGCUUGCAGAUCACCACCGAGCGUUCUAAUACAGCACACAGCUUCUGUUCUGAUCCUGGAACUGGAUGGCAGGGUAGCAAAUGUGAAGACUGCGGCACUAAGAUCCCUAACUCCAGAAGAGUCUGCAGUAAAGAACCACCUAAAGAAUUUCAUUACAGAUACAACACUCCAGGACAGAAUUACUUAAAUCAUAGCGAAAGGGGAGCCUUUGUCCAGCCCCGCUCUUUAGAUGAAAGUAAAACUUCUUCACCUUCUCAUUCAAAACCAAAAUGGAUCUGUUCCCAAACCGUGAAUUCAAAAUCCUUUCAAGGUGAACGUGAGCCCACACCAGGAAAGAAAAAUCUUCAGGCUUUUGUGACUUACAGCUCAGACUCGGCAACACCCUCACCCCAUUUCCACUCCUGCGGGAUCUCUGGAAGGAAAUCCUUAUGUGACUUUGAUAGCACUGAAGAAACAAAGUCUGAGGUUUCAAACUUGGCUUUGGAUCAUGCCCUAAAGACAGCAACCAAUUUGAAGGAAACUACUAGUCAAAUGAUUAAAACUAUUGCGGAAGAUCUUGCCAAAGCACAGAAGUGGAGAAAUCGACCGAAAUACUAGUUCAACCCAAGGCAACCAAGGUUUAAAAGGAAAAAAAAAGAGGAAAGAAAACUUGAUCUUCCCCCCAAAUUUAUUUUACUUAUUACACACUUUAGGAAGAUGACUUUCUAGAGAAAACACCAAAACCAUA